CUUAUCCCUCGUCUGCGUCGCACAGGGCGAAGGUCACCAUUUGGACAUCGUGCAGAGUAUCGUGACCAGUCCGGUAUAGUAGUCCCCGGCGCAUUUAUUGAUAAAGCAGUCAACAAGUCACGACAUCCUCGGGGGCAUUGCUUGAAAUCUCAAGUUCCGAGUCAAAAUGGGUCAAAAUUGGUAUAUAGUCAAUGUUGACCGCCGAGAGACGGGACUCGGAGGCGGGGCCAAGCUGGGCGAAUUCUUCUUUGAUGACAUGAGGGAUCUCUACGACUCUCUCCGCUAUCCCUAUCUGCCCAAGGACGUUGACAAGUGGCUGUCGCGUGGUUCUUUCGCUCUGCAGCCUGGACCCCUGGGCAAAUUGUCGAGGGAAUUGCUGGACACAAUAUUCGAGGCGCUGCUUGAAGUUACUGAAGAUGACGAGUCGCCGCCACUAUUCCACCUAGUCUUGCUCUCAGUCACGUGCAAAAUGCUGCUCUCCGUCGGCAAGAGUCACAUCCUGCGCCAGCUCAUCUCCAUACAUGCCCGGGCUGCCAACUGCCGCCUGGUCUGCAUCGGAGAAUAUGCCGACGGGGAAGAACAAGCGCCGCCCGGCAUGCUCACCGCCGCGGAAAGCGAGGAAAUUGCGACUACUCCACAGGAGUGGGAAGAAGACGACGGCGAGGACGGACCCGACGCUGCGACCAGGGAAUCGCGCACUUUUGCUGUCUUCGCCAUCAAUGGAUAUGAUCAGGUUACAGAACUCCUCGGGGAGUUCAAUCAGUUCCACACGCACCUUUCUUGCGAAAUAAGCACUGCACAUUGGGAAUUGAAGGCGGCCCCGGACCCACAGCGUACUCUCGAGCUCAAGAUGAUCUGGAAACUCGUCGGGCUCGACACCUACAGACCCAUCUACCCAGGCGGGCCGAACAUCCUCUGCAACCUCUCCAAGAGUGAGUUCGUCCGCGAGGACACGCUGGUCAAGUUGAUGCGUGGCUGGCAUCGCGUCACACUUGCGCAUGCUUUGCUAUCUCGAAUUUGCUGGUCGACGGAACCGGGCAUCUCGAUGAUGUGUGGGGAGAAGUACCGUGACAGCCUUGUCCAGGGGCCAUGGGCUGGAGACAGGUUCCGCAUAGUCAGCGCUGACAGCAUGCCGGCGCCGAAGGUGGGGACGGACUGGAAGGACGUGACGAAGGAUGUGAACAGGCUGUUGCGUCACCUCUGGAGACAUGAGAUGGAGGACGACACUGUCCACUCCGAUGAUGACGAGGAGAACAAAGAGGGUAACGAGGAGAGCGGAGAGGAUGGUGAGGAGAGCAGGCAGGAGGGCGAGGAGAGUGGAGAGGAGGGCGGAGAGGGAGAUUGCUAGAAUUGGGCUAUCUCAACCACUGAACCCACAGUACCUUAACUGCCUGCAUCGAAUAGCUUGCUCUCCAGGCUCACCUUGCAUGACAAUGUUCCAUGAUAUGACAACGCUACAUCAAUAUACAGUACCGCGUUGUCGUCCUGUUAGCUCGUUCUAUUCAUUCCACUGACGG